GCCCGGCCCCGCGCUGGCCGCGGCGCGCCGCAAGGACGGCGGCCCGGCCGGCAAGUUCUGGGAGAGCCCCGACACCGUGUCCCAGCUCGACUCGGUCCGCGUGUGGCUGGGGAAGCACUACAAGAAGUACGUUCAGGCCGAUGCUCCUACCAAUAAAACCUUGGCUGGGCUGGUGGUGCAGCUGCUGCAGUUCCAGGAAGAUGCCUUUGGAAAACAUGUCACCAAUCCUGCCUUCACAAAGCUUCCUGCAAAGUGCUUCAUGGAUUUCAAAGCUGGAGGUACAUUGUGUCACAUUCUUGGUGCUGCUUACAAAUAUAAGAAUGAACAGGGCUGGAGGAGGUUUGACCUGCAGAAUCCCUCCCGGAUGGACCGGAACGUGGAGAUGUUCAUGAACAUUGAGAAAACACUGGUGCAGAACAACUGUCUGAGCAGACCAACCAUCUACCUCAUUCCUGACAUGGAGCUGAAGCUGGCCAACAAGCUGAAGGACAUUGUCAAGCGUCACCAGGGAACAGUCACUGAAGAGAAAUCCAAGGCUACCCACCACGUGUAUCCAAGUCCUACCUCAGUGGAUGAUGAUGAGUGGUUGAGACCUGUGAUGAAAAAGGACAAGCAGGUGCUGGUACAUUGGGGCUUUUUUCCAGACAGCUACGACACCUGGGUCCAUGCCAGCGAAAUCGAGGCGGAAAUUGAGGACGCGCCGAUCCCCGAGAAGCCGUGGAAGGUUCAUGCCAAGUGGAUUCUGGACACGGAUGUGUUCAAUGAGUGGAUGAAUGAGGAGGAUUAUGAGGUGGAUGAGAACAGGAAAUCCGUGAGCUUUCGCCAGAGGAUCUCCAUGAAGAAUGAGGAGCCCGUGAGGAGCCCCGAGAGGAGGGACAGGAAAGCAGCAGCCAGCACCAGGAAGAGGAAACACUCCCCUUCUCCACCCCCCACUCCUGUGGAGUCCAGGAAAAAGACAGGGAAGAAAGGGCAAGCAGCUCUCUAUGGCAAAAGGAGGGGGCAGAAGGAGGAGGAUGAGCAGGAGGAUCUCACCAAGGACAUGGAGGAUCCCACCCCAGUACCCAACAUAGAAGAAGUGGUACUUCCCAAAAAUGUGAACCCAAAGAAGGACAGUGAGAACACGCCCGUGAAAGGAGGAACCGUGGCAGACCUGGAUGAGCAGGAUGAGGAGACAGUGGCCACUGGAGGAAAGGAGGACGAGGACCCCAACAAGGGCGACCAGAGCCGCUCGCUGGACGCGGGGGAGGACAAUGUCACCGAGCAGACCAACCACAUCAUCAUCCCCAGCUACGCCUCCUGGUUCGACUACAACUGCAUCCACGUGAUUGAACGUCGUGCGCUUCCAGAAUUCUUCAAUGGGAAAAACAAGUCCAAGACUCCAGAAAUAUACCUGGCCUACAGGAACUUCAUGAUCGACACGUACCGGCUGAACCCGCAGGAGUACCUGACCAGCACAGCCUGCAGGAGGAACCUCACCGGGGACGUCUGCGCUGUCAUGAGGGUCCACGCCUUCCUGGAGCAGUGGGGGCUCAUCAACUACCAGGUGGAUCCCGAGAGCCGCCCCAUGGCCAUGGGGCCCCCCCCGACCCCCCACUUCAACGUGCUGGCCGACACCCCCUCGGGGCUGAUGCCGCUGCACAUCCGCACCCCGCAGGUUCCAGCUGCCCAGCAGAUGCUGAGCUUCCCUGAGAAAAACAAGGAGAAGCCAACUGACCUGCAGAACUUUGGCCUUCGCACAGACAUCUACUCCAAAAAGACUCUGGCUAAGAGUAAAGGUGCAAGUGCUGGCAGAGAAUGGACAGAGCAGGAGACACUGCUGCUGUUAGAGCCCCAGGACGUCUCACGUUGUGUGUCAUGUCCCACAGAGGAGUUCUCCCGGGUCAGAGAGGAGGUGCCCCUGGAGCUGGUGGAGGCCCACGUGAAGAAGGUGCAGGAAGCAGCUCGAGCCUCUGGGAAGGUGGAUCCCACCUACGGCCUGGAGAGCAGCUGCAUCGCGGGCACCGGCCCCGAGGAGCCCGACAAGAUGGAUGGAGCUGAGGAGGAGAAGAUGGAAACGGAGGCAGAGGGGCAGCCAGCAGAGAAGGUGGAGAGCAAGGCUGAGAGCGAGCCUGAGGAGGGGGAGAAGGUCCCGGAGGGGGAGAGCGAGCGCAGCGCCGACAAGGAGCCCGAGAGCGACGACAAGGAGCCCAAGACAGAGGAAAAGGAGGCAGAGGAGAACAAGGAGAACGUUGAUGGCAGCAAGGACAAAGAGGCCGAGGCUGGGAAGAAGAAAGUGGAGCACGAGAUCUCGGAAGGAAACGUGGCCACAGCUGCAGCUGCUGCCUUGGCCUCUGCUGCCACCAAAGCCAAGCACCUGGCAGCUGUGGAGGAGAGGAAGAUCAAGUCCCUGGUGGCCCUUCUGGUGGAGACUCAGAUGAAGAAGCUGGAGAUAAAGCUUCGCCACUUUGAGGAGCUGGAAACCAUCAUGGACCGGGAGAAAGAGGCACUGGAGCAGCAGAGGCAGCAGCUGCUGACAGAGAGGCAGAACUUCCACAUGGAGCAGCUCAAGUACGCCGAGUUAAGGGCUCGCCAGCAAAUGGAGCAGCAGCACAGCCAGACCCCCCAGCAGCCCCACCAGCACCCCAGCGGGCCUGGCAUCAACCCCCUGGGGGCACCAGCACACCCAGGGCUGCUGCCCCACCAGCAGCCCCCACCCUACCCCAUGAUGCACCACCAGAUGCCACCUCCUCACCCACCUCAGCCAGGUCAGCUGCCGGGGCCGGGCUCCAUGCUGCCGGGCCGGAUGAUGCCUGCGGGCAUGCACGGGGGGAGCGGGCCGGCCCCGCCCGGGAUGGCCCCGCUGCCCGGGAACCUGCUGGGACCGCGUGUGCCGCUGGCAGCCCCCAACGGAAUGUACCCCGGCCCGGCGCAGCCUCCGCCACCUGCAGAAGGAGUGACUCCCCCCCCGGCCGGAGCCCCGCCGGCCUCAGCCGCUCCCUAAGCAGCCAAGCACGGAGGAAGGAGCUUCCACAGCAGCACAGUGGUGACCAAAAGAGAGUUCCUCAGUUCCCUUCUGUUCCCCGGGGAGGUGUCCCCUCCUCUCCGGCCGCGGGCGCGUGCUCGGCGCGGCGGCGUUCCCUGGGGAGAGCUGCAGGUAGGGAUGCCAGGAGUGCCUCCGUGUUGCUGCUGGGAAGUCCUUCACCCCUUGGCCUGCUUGCCUUGCAGAGCUCCACGCUGGUUUCCUUCCCCUUGGUGCUUUGAGCUUGGGCUUCUCCCGAAGGGUGAAACCAUCCAGGUUUUAGGGCAAGAGCUGAGCUUUAGGAUGAGCCCAUCCCGGGGUGGUUGGGUGUUCCAGGGUCUCUGGGCAGAGCGAAGCACCAAGAGGAGAGGCCAAACCAGGGCUUGGAGCAGGGCGUGCUGGAGCAGGGGCACAGCCCAGCAGCCCUGCCUGCAGGGAUUCCUGGUGGCUGCAGCCAGAGCUGCCUCUAACUUAUUACAGGAAAUAUUGAUCCAUGGGAAUGAGACCAGGAGUGAAUCAAUCAGAAUAAAACCACUCAAUGGUAGGAGUUCUCUUGCUCCGGAUUUUACCUUUCCUUUGCCUCUGGAGGUGGUAGUUGGACCUUCCCUGAGUAGUUCGGUGCAGUAGCCAACUGAGGAAUAACCCCCAUUUUUAGUCCCUCUUUUUGGAGCAUAUACUUUGUACUUUUUAAAAUGAAGAAAACAAACAAAAAAGAAAAAAAAAAAAAAAAAGUAGGUAGCGAAGAAGUGCUAGAAUUUGGGAUUGGGUUGGGAUGGCUGGGAUGGGAAUGCCAGAACUACCUCUGGACGGCCGGGACAGCUCCUGUCCCCCCACUGCAGCUGGAGGGCUGGGGAAGGGAGCAGCUGCAGCAGGCAGGCUGGGAGCACUCCAGAGCUGCUGCUGCACACCUCCAGGCUGCCAAAACUUGGGCAAAAGUCCUGCAAAAAUUCCUUUUCUGCCCGUGGUUCGGGUUCUCUGCCCUCCUCCUGGCCCAGGAGCGUUUGGGGUUGCCCUGCCGAAGGUCUGGGUGCUGCUCCUUGGUUUCAGGGGUGGCUUUUGUCCAGGUGGCAGUUGAGGUUGGGCUGGAGAGAGGCUCCCAAAAACUCUGGAACCUCCAGAAGCGCUUCCAGCAUUUACAAACUGAGGCUUUGCCAGGUCUUCCAGCAGGACUCCACGGCGCAGAGCGGCCGGGGCCUUCCCUUCCCCCUUCCCAAGGCUUCCUUCCCCUCCAGGGUCUUUGGGGUGAGCGUGGGAUUUCUGGUGCAGCCCUUAGUCCAGUUUAGAGUAACCUCAGGUUGUUUUUAGCGUGAGCAGUUCCCAGGAUCCAGGUGGAGACUAUUUUUUACUGUCCUAGUGCUGAUCCUGCCGAGGACCUGGGUCCUGGACUCUGUUUUGUUUCUGUAUAAAUAAUCCCUGUGCCCAUUUUUCACCUGAUCUCUGUAUAGGGCCGGUUUGAUUCCUGCAGCAGCCACCCAAUUUUGUGAAAUAAAAGCAAAAAAAAGCGGUUUUUGUACAAA